AUGGGACUACUGCAGUUCGCCCUGAGGUCAAAGGUUUACGUCAAACAGAGGUCACGCGUGCCAAAUUGGGGGGCGGAGAGAAAAAUAAUAUUAAUUUCAUUCUUUCUUUCUUAUUUUUUCUUUCUUUACUUUUGCCCCUCGUGUCUCUCUCAGAUUUUCUUUCCGUUUUUCUUUGUCUUUCUAUCUUCCUGUCGUUUUGAAUUUCAUCUUUCUUGUCUUUCUUUUUCUUUCUUUCUUUCUUUCUUUCUUUCUUUCUUUCUUUCUUUAUUUCUUUCUUUCUUUCUUUCUUCUUUAUUUCUCUUAAUAUCCAGCAGAUUUUCUUUAUCCUAUUUUCUUCUCCUUUUUCUCUCUUUAUUGUUCAUUCUCCUUUGCUUUUUCUUUUUAUUCUCUUUUCUUUCUUUUCUUCAUGAAACAGACGGGAAAAGAAACAGAAAAAAAAGAAGGACUUCGCUUAUCUUUUCUUUCUUUCUUUCUUUUCUCUUGUCUUUUUCUUUUGUUCUUCUUUCUCGUCGUCUUUUUUUUUGUUGUUUUAACUUUAAACUUUUCGUUUUGGGCGAGGAGGGCAUUCAACGCGUGGAUGGGGAUUGGAAGGAGGUGCACACACACGCACAACAACGGUUACAAUUCGAACAUAAAUUCCCUCCCUCCCUCUCACUCUUUCUUUCUUUCUUUCUUUCUUUCUUUUUUUCUCAUUUUCUGGUUCUUCCUCUCUCUACCAUUUUCUACAACUUCUUUAUCACUGUUAUUCUUUCUUGCUCUCUCUUCCCAUCGACUUUUCUCCCAUCUCUUAAAAAAACCUGUCUCGGUAUUUUAUAUCUUUUUCCUUUCUCUCUCUCUCCCCGUCUCUCUCUCUCUCUCUUUCUCUCUCUCUCUCUCUCUCUAUCUCCCUCUCUCUGUCACUCUUUCUUUAUUCCACGUCAAUGUUCUCUUUCUCUCUCUUUCUCUUACUUUCUUUAUUCCUCUCUCUUUCUAACUUUAACUUCUCUCUUCUUCUUUUCAAUUUCUCUUUCUCCUUUUCUCCCAUUUUCUCUCCUCUUCUCUUUCUCUCACUCUCUGUGUAUCUUCUUGUCUCUCUCCUUGUAUCUCUAUCGCAAGUCAAUAUCUCUCUCUUUGUGUUACGCUCUUUUUCUCACAGUCUCGUUCUUUCUCUCUCCCUCUCCCUCUCCCCCUCUCUCUCUCACUCUCUCUCAUUCACUCACUUCCUUUUUUUCUUCUUUCUCUAGCUUUCCAUUUAUCUCACUUUAUCUCUCUCCCUUCUUACUAUUUGUCUCACUUUCUUUCUCUUUCUCUCCUCCUCCUCUCUCUCUCUCUCUCUCCCAAAGUCUCUUUAUUGCUUUUUUCGCUUUCUCUCUAUCAUUAAUCACUCUCUCUCUCUCUCUCUCUCUCUCUCCCUCUCUCUCUCUCUCUGAUAUAUACAAAAUACAAGUUUAA